AUGUCAACAAAUGAUUCUGUUGUCUCAUCAACAUCAUUUUUUCAAUCAGAUGGAUGGUUUUUUUCUGUCUAUCUUAUUGCGACAUAUGAAAUUGUUUUUUGGUUAUGUAAUAGUUUUUUAAUUUAUAUUGAAAUAUUUGAUAUUCCAUCAAUCGAUCAAUAUCGUAUACAAAAACAAAAGAAAAAAUUACGUUUUCAAUCUGAUAUAGUUCAUUUAAUGAUUCAACAAACUAUUCAUCAUCAAAUAUCUUUAUUUUUUCUUACACCAGUUCUUUAUUAUAUUUUUAAUUAUUUUGGUCAUGUUGAUGUACAAGGGGUACGACCAUCAUGGUCGACUAUUCUUUUUCAAAUUGGUCUUUUUAUUCUAUCAGAAGAUACAAUUUUCUUUUGGACACAUUAUUUAUUACAUACACCAUGGUUAUAUAAAAAUAUACAUAAAAAACAUCAUGUUUAUAAACAACCAACAGGUGUGACUGCUGUUUUAAGUGAUCCAAUUGAAAGUAUAAUAAAUCAAUUUGCUGUUUGGUUUAUGCCUAUACUAUUGAAAGAAACACAUAUAUUUACAAUAUGUCUUUGGGCUGCUAUUCGAGUUUAUCAAACAAUUCUAGCACAUUCCGGAUAUGAUUUUCCAUAUAUUAGUACACAAUAUUGGUUCCCAGAUCUAAUGCCAGGUGCUUUAGCACAUGAUUUUCAUCAUCAACAUGGUAAAUGGAGUUAUGGAUCAUUUUUUUCUAUUUGGGAUCAAAUAAUGGGUACACAUAGACUUUCAACAAGUAAAAAACAAAUUAAUUAA